AUGACAUUCGGGGCCCCAUCUCAUCGUAUCGAGUCUCAACUCAACGCGGCGGCUCGCAUCCUCGAGGUCCAAGCCGAGUUCAUCCAUCUCCCCAGCGUUAUCAUCUGCUCCUUUGGCGACCAGGAAUCGAACUGCUCCGAGACUCACUUUGUCAAGUGCCACAGUCGUCUGUCCUUGGGUGCUCUGCACAAGGUGCACAUGAUCUACCGGACAGUUGUCCACGACGAGGUGUCGGCGAAGAAGGCGAAGGAGCAACUGCACGACCUGCUGGAGGCACCGCCAACAUACCCAGUUCCCUUCCGGAUAUUCCUCGCUUUCUGUUUGUCGGCGUUGAUCUGCCCGCUUGCCUUUGGUGGGUCUUUUAUAGACAUGUGGAUCGCUGGGGCCGGUGCGUUUGUGCUAUCGGUACUGCAACUGUGCGCAACGAAGAGCGCGUUGUAUGCGAAUGUUUUUGAGUGCGUAUACAGGCUUGAGGUUGUAAUUACGGUCGCCAUCUUCGUGUCGUUCACUGCUCGUGGCUUGAGUAGCAUCAGAUCUAGGAUCUUUUGCUACAGCGCCAUCUCUUCCGCGGGCAUCGUUGGUAUUCUACCCGGAUACCUCAUUCUGAGUAGUUCCUUGGAGCUGGCCUCGAAAAACAUCGUCUGUGGUAGUGUCAAGAUGGUCUACGCUCUGAUCUAUACCCUUUUCCUUGGCUUCGGUCUCCAGAUCGGCUCUGACUUCUAUCUUCUCCAAACGAACGUCAUCAACGGGUGCUACCGUCCGAAGAGCUUCCCAUGGUACCUCCAGCCCUUCCCCAUCUGGACGUCGGCUAUCAUCGUGCCCCUCUUUUCGACGCUCUCCUCCCUCGCGAACCUGCAGCCCUUCAGGAGCAAGCAGCUGCCGGUGAUGGUGGUCAUCUCGUGCUGCUCGUACGUGGCGAACAAGCUGGCGAAUCACUAUAUUUUCAACCGGUCGGAUGUCGUGAGCGCGAUUGGGGCGUUUACGGUGGGCUUGUUGGGGAACGUGUACUCGCGCAAGAUGGGCGGGACUGCGUUCACGUCUAUGGUGACGGGUGUGUUGUUCUUGGUACCUUCUGGCUUGUCGCAAGCGGGAGGUAUCACUGCAAGCGGCAGUGGUAUCGACAUUGGAGGCGCGAUGAUUGCGGUCACAAUCGGUAUCACUGUUGGGCUGUUCAUGAGUCAGGCGCUUGUGUAUACGUUCGGAUCGCGCAAGAACGCCGCCGUCUUCUCCUUCUAA